AUGUUUUUCACUAGUCUUCAGGAAGAAGAGGAGCAAACGCAAAAGGUGUUCCAAGAUUUCGUCGCAACUUUCGAGGGAGAUUCAAAGCAGCGAACAUGGGUCAAAGGAGGAGUGGUUAAUCCGGGUUCAGAUGGAGGUUCCUCGGGUUCGUCUUCAGAAAAUCGCAUAUAUAAACCCGUCUCGAAAAUAAGUGAGAAGCAGUUGAAUACUGAUGGUACCAAACCCGAAUCAAAGCCCAAUUUACCUGAGAAACCGCCGUCUCUUGGGAAACGUCGUGGAAAGGAGCAGAAGAAGUCUAAGUUGGAGCAAUUUAAAGAGGAGUUAAAGCUAAUUCAGCAACAGCGUGAACAGCGACAUGCUUUGAGGCAGGGUAAGAAUGUGUCACCCUCAGCUGCGUCCACCAUUCAUUCUGAGUUGGACCUUUCUGAUGUGGGAUCGCGGAACCGCGAGUACAGAAACCCCCCACUGGGCUUUACGCAACAAAGCUCGGGGGUUGGCUUGUUGGGCGACUCUGGGAGUCCGUCAAACAUUUAUGGCCGUCGAGGGCAGAGAGAUAGACGAGAUGAUUACCCGUAUGAUUUUGAUGGGGAUCGCACAACAACGAACCUUUUUCUGGGAAAUCUCAAUCCAAAGGUAGUAAUAUUCUCUUUGUUGACGUUCCCACAGAUGACGGAGCAGCAACUUUGCGAGGCGUUUGGUCGUUAUGGUCCUCUGGCAAGUGUUAAGAUCAUGUGGCCGCGAACGGAUGAAGAGCGAUCCAGAGGAAGAAAUUGUGGUUUUGUGGCCUUCAUGAAUAGGAAGGAUGGUGAACGUGCACUGGAUAAUAUUCGG